GAGAAGUUAGUCUGGAUUGGAGUUUACUUUGGAGCUGGUUUGGAGGCUGGGGCUUUGGAGGUGCCUGAACUAGGUUUGGCAGAAAUCUCUUUCUUCACCAACCCUGCAGAGGAAGAACAUUUCUCAACAGUGCCUUCUUUCUGCACCUAUUUUUCAAAUCCAAUAUAUUCAUUAAUAAUGAAUGCAUUUUUCAGCUUCAGCUUCAAGCAG